UCUGCUAACAGAUAGCUCUCAAGAUAGUUGGGUGUGGAGUGGGCUCUGGCAACAAACAGUUCUCAAUACAGUUGGUGUAUGGGGCUCUCUGCAAACAUACCCAGGACAAUGGUUCCCACUAUACUUUUUGGGAAAAUGGCUCCUGACAGAGUACCAUUCUUUCGAGGUCUAUGAAGAAUUUUGCUGGGAUUUGAUGGGCAGUGUGUUGAAUCUGUAGAUUGUUUUUUGGUAAAAUUGCCAUUUUUACUAUGUUAAUUCUUCCUACCCAAGAGUAUGGGAGAUCUUUCCACUUUCUGGAGUCUUCUUCAAUUUCUUUCUUCAAAGAUUUAAAGUUCUUGUCAUACAAGACUUCCACUUGUUUGGUUAGAGUCACUCUGAGAUAUUUUAUGCUAUUUGUGGCUAUUGUGAAGGAUGUUGAUUCUCUGAUUUCUUUCUCAGCUUUUUAUCAUCUGUGUACAGGAGGGCUACUGAUUUUUAUGAGUUAAUCUUGUAUCCUGCUGCAUUACUGCUCAUUACAUUUAUGAGUUGUAGAAGUUCCUUGGUAAAAUUUUUGGAGUCGCUUAUGUGAACUAUCAUAUCAUCAGUAAACAGUGAGAGUUUGGUACAGAGAGGGUGGUAUGGUUAACUACAGCAGUUCUCAAAUUUCCAAUAUGGCACCAGCACUGAGGUAGCAGCAAGCUCCGCAAUGAUCAGGGGGAGCAAAGAACAAAGGACUAGGUUAGGCUUGGAGGUGAGGACAAAACCAGAGCUGUAGUUAGGACUGGACAAGUGACAUAGCCCACCCUGGAAGACCUUGCAGUGGGGAGGGUCUUUCUCCGGUGACUGUAGACUGCCUCAUCAUACCAGGGGGCUGACAGGGAGAAGAUAUGAGCCCCAGACUUCAAACAACUCAGCUAGGCAACCGCAGAACUCAUGGGAAGGAAAUUCAGGUUGAAAAUGCAAACGCUGCUGGGGACAUGGCCAUCACCGUGAAUCUGGAAACAGACUAUGCUAAGCUGGUUCUAAAGGUGGAAGCAAUCACACUUGGGGAGAAGAAUAGAAAGAAGUUGAAGAACCAACCCCUCAGAAAACGGGAGAAUGAAAACAUCUCUCAAGCUGUGUGUGCCCUCCUGAACUCUGGAGGUGGGGUGAUCAAGGCUAAAAUUGAAAAUGAAAAUUUUAGCCUUCCCAGGGAUGGAUUGGGACUGGAUUUGGAAGCCUCUCUUUGUAAAUGUCUGCCGUUUGUGAGGAAGCAUCUGGACUUCAUGGCGCGUGGAGGCUACUUGAAUAUCUUUGUGAAACCAUGGAGUCUAGAUGUCUUCAGGCUGCGGAUCUGCAUCCUGAGAACCAAUUUGUACCUUAGAAGCUUCUCAUCUUCAAUUGAAGUGAAUGCAGCUGCUGCUCUCGAGUUCCUCCAAGACCUGGGGGAAGUUGGGGGGAGAUCCUGUGUCAGACCAGAGCUGCCUGCAAGCAGAGCCUGCCCUGGAGUAGAAGAAGAGAGCGACCUAGAGGACCUGGCUGCUGCGGUUUUUAACAAGACACAAUUUCAGGGGGGAGAGGACUUCCCCUUCACCAGAUCCAUUCAUGUUGAAGUUACAUUGCUUUCUGUUAAACAGUUGCGAAAAUGCAUCAAAGAGCUUAUCCCUCAAACUGUAUCUGCGUUUGCAAACACUGAUGGGGGAUAUUUGUUCAUUGGUUUGGAUGGAAAAAACCAGCAAAUAAUUGGUUUUGAAGCAGAGAAGAGCGAUCUUAUGUAUCUAGAGAGUGAAAUAGAGAAGUGCAUUCGACAGCUGCCUGUCACUCACUUCUGUGAGGAGCAGGAGAAGAUACAGUACACAUGCAAAUUCAUCCCAGUCCUCAGACAGGGAGCCGUGCGCUCAUAUGUGUGUGCGCUCAGAGUGGAGAGAUUCUGCUGUGCUGUGUUCGCUGCAGAGCCCGAGUCCUGGCACGUGGAAGACAGCUGUGUGAAGAGGUUUACCACUGAGCAAUGGAUCAAGAGCCUGAUGGAUGGCAAGUAAGCCUCUGGCACCACUGGUGACUUCACGCAUGCCCACUGGUCAUGUAUUAGCUGAAGCUCUCAAGGAACACCUAGAGCCUGUGACAAUGAUAUCUGUUAGGCCUGUCACAGCUGAAGGACUUCAUGGUUACAAAAGGGCCAAGCCUGCAAAUCCCUGAAGCUGUGUAACUGGAGAGGAUUUCUCAGCAGAGGUCUGCUGCCAACCAACUAUUCCCUGCUAGCUGUGGAUGGACUUCAGUAGACCAAAGGAAAUGCCUUCUUCAUAAGAUCAGGCUUCAGCCAAGCCUGCAGUGCAGACAUUUUUUCUCCUUCCUUCCCUCCCUCCCUCCCUCCCUCUUUCUCUUCCCUCCCUUCCUCUCCCUCCUUCCCUCCCUCUCUUCCUCUUUUUCUAACUCCCUUCCUUCUUUUUUUCUUUCCUUCCUUUCUUCUUUUGUUUCAUUUUUUAUCUUUUUUUAAAAAAAUAUUUAUUUAUUCAUUAUAUAUACAAUAUUUUGUCUGUGUGUAUGGCUACAGGCCAGAAGAGGGCACCAGACCCCAUUACAGAUGGUUGUGAGCCACCAUGUGGUUGCUGGGAUUUGAACUCAGGACCUUUGGAAGAGCAGGCAAUGCUCUUAACCACUGAGCCAUCUCUCCAGCCCGAUCAUUCUUUUAUCUUUUGUUUAACUUUU